UCGCUUCGCUCUCUGCUUGCUCUCGCUGCAUGAAUACCAAUACCUUGUACGGCGCCUCUGCGACGAUGUGCUACGCUUGCACGCCAGCUCUGCCCGCCCUUAAGAUGGUCCCUGGCCCCGGCAGGCCUGAGCCCACCGGGCCCCAAUACUUCACUUUCGAUCCUCUCCCGGAAGCCGGGGAAAGCCCGGCUCCCAGGAACCUCUCCAAACCGAGCAGGAUCAAGAAGAGAUCCCGGAGGGUGCUUUAUCCCCGAGUGGUAAAGCGCUACUAUCCCGCAGAGGAGCGAAGCUACGUCAAACACCUUUUCGUUAUCCUUCUCACUAUCAUCUUCUUCCAAGUCUACAGUGCUGAGGAAGACUUCGCUGUCGUGGACGCCUCCCAGAAUGCGGAGGAAAACGUCUCUGUCUGCUCUCCAGAGAUGAGGGGAUCCCUGGGGGAGAACCUCCUUGAGCAGCUCAUCGUGGCCUCCUUAGAAAUCGAAGAGGCAGCCAAUAGCACCGGUUGGGACUGGGGAGAUUGGGAGGCAGCCGAAUCCGCCAUCGACAUCACUCAGUUUUUGGAGCAGAGGCCAGCUGCUUUCUGAAGACCCCUAAGGGGAGAGAACUUUGAGGGGGGAGCCCAGGCUGGAGUGCUCACAUCUGGCUUGAGGGGAAAAAAAGCAGAAUUCAAGCCACGAAUGAGUUAAAUGCCGUUUGAAACACAGCCAGCUCCUUCUGGCAUUCUAGAGCAAUUUUGCUCCAAACCCAGCAAGACUGACGUCAAAAGAAACUUGAACCAGCACUACAUUUUGAACGGAAAGGGGAAGGUUGUUUUUUUAAAAAAUGUUAUUUUAUUUCUGCAGCAGAUCAGACAUCUGGCAGGCAGAGUGAAGGAUGUUAAUUUAAUAUUUAUUUAAUUAAUAAUAAUAGUAAUUAAUAAUAUGUAUAAUUUAAUGUGUUUAAUUUAAACUGACUUAAUUUAAAUCUUCGUGAAACUGGGAGUUUGCAAGUGAAAAUGCUGGCUGGCUUACACUGUUGGGCUGAAAUAAAAACACACACAACUUUUAAUGUACGUCUUUCUCUGUCGUGGCCGAACAUAAUCGUAUUAGAGCUUAAGUGGGGAAAUAUUUUAAAAAAUUAUGAAGAUUAAAGUAGGGUUGGGAACAUUGGAGGAUGGUGCUAUGAUGUUAUUAGCUGGUCUGGUGGGGAAAUUAUUAGUGUGACAGCUCUGAGAGUACAGAAAACCAGACCGGUAACAACCCCCCCCCCCCACAAGCUCUGACAAUUCUGUGGCUGAUGGAAAAAAACAAGCCACAGCAAUUCUGGCUCAUUGACAGAGAAGGACACAGUGAAGAGGAACAGCAAAGGCAUCAUAGGAGACUUGAGUUAAAAUUUAUUCUGCUCUGGAUAUUAGCCAGCAGUGUUUGCUUACUGUGUAAGCAUGCUCUCAAAAGCAGUGACCGCUUCCACACCAGCAUUUCCGAAAUUGCCGUAGAUUUCUUUUGCGAAUUGCACUUGUGCGUGUCCACGCUAUUGCAGAUGAAUUGUCUGAACUCUGUAUGUUCUGUGAACAAAAGUGAAUAAAUGUUUUACAUGAGA